AUGGCUAUUCAGGAGCUCAAUGAUGCUUUUUCAAUCCUUCGAAAAAUCAUUCCAUCCAUGCCUUCGGACAAGAUGAGCAAGAUCCACACGUUACGAAUCGCUUCUGACUAUAUCAGAUUUUUGGACCAGAUGAAGCGAGACGACUGUAAAUUAUUUGGAGUUGAUAUAUUCGAUGAAAAGGGAGGAUAUGGCCUCCAGACCUCAUUCAACAUCUGGAGAGGCAGUCAUGGUCUCACGCAAAGUAGCAGUUUAAGUGAGUGCUUGAUCCCUUAUGUUGAGGUUUCUCAUGUAUCCUAUACACCCGCUCUAAUGCCUCCGAUGGGUAUGUCAGCGCCAAUGCCAUGCCCAAUCCCACAUGUGAAUUACUAUAUGGGUGGAUAUGUCAUGAAAGCAGGUAUACUGACAGUUUAUCGUUACUCUUGGACUUAUGUAUUCGUUCAUACUUGCGCAAUCAUAAUGUCGAGCAGUCGUUACGGCCUAAAUGAACUUUGCUGUAAUGAUAUCUCCCUCACCCUGCUGUGUUUACGACCUUUGACAAGAUCGCAUCAAAGAAUGCCAUUUUGCAAUAUGAUACCUUGCUUAUCUUGACA